UAAAGCCGCACAUUUAUGCAGAGUCUUAUAAAUAACUUAAAUUAGCAAAAGCUGCUCUAUUUAAGAUAUAAACGCGCUUUGCGAAACGUUCCUUAGCUCGACCGUUUCAAAACAAGAGGAUCAGAAGCAGAACAAAGUACGGAGCAGAGCGAUUUGGUACAAUGGCUGGCGUGUUGUUUGAAGAUAUAUUUAAUGUGAAAGACAUGGACCCGGAGGGCAAGAAAUUUGAUCGUGUAUCCCGCCUGCACUGCGAGUCCGAAUCAUUUAAAAUGGACCUCAUAUUGGAUAUUAAUUCCUGGCUCUAUCCAAUGGAACUGGGCGACAAAUUUCGUCUGGUGCUGGCUACCACAUUGCGUGAAGAUGGCUGUCCCGACAGCGGCGAAUAUAAUCCUAUGGAGCAUGAGGGUUCGAGAGCUGACAGCUUUGAGUACGUAAUGUACGGCAAGAUCUACCGAAUUGAGGGCGACGAAGCGUCUAACGAGGCAUCGCGACUGUCUGCCUAUGUUUCAUUUGGUGGACUGCUUAUGCGGCUGCAAGGAGAUGCCAACAAUUUGCAUGGCUUUGAGGUGGACCAACACAUGUAUUUGCUGAUGAAACGCUUGGCUUUUUAGGGAUCAGUUCUUUUAAUAAAUAAUAAUAUGACGGAUAAAAUUGAUUUAUAACCAAA